AUGGUUCGAAAGAAGAGCAAAAAUAGAGAUAAGGAGAGAAGCCCAAGCCCAACUCCUAAAGCCCUGUCUGAACAUUCGGAUGAAAUUAGUAAAACCCAAAUAAAACCCCAAGACCAAAGCCAGACAGACUUUAAAAAUUGGAUUGAGCAACUAAGCCAAUCCCCAGAAGUCCUUAAAGCCCUGCAGGGAAUGGCAUCCUCUUCAGGAGCCUCAGGUAUGAAUCUAAACUCUAAAGCGAUUGUACCCAUUCAUGGUACAACUAAUCUGUCUCAAACGGUAGACAGUAAAGACUUAUCAAAUUCGUUAAAGGCUGUGGAUUUGCCAAAAAUCCAAUCAUCUUUCCAUGGAGGCACUCAUAAAUGGUUUUUUAAAACAAAUUCAGAGUUUGAAAUAGAACUAGAACAAGGUUUUGAAAAUGUAAAUCCAUGGGAAGUAAUUCAUAAAAAUUAUCCUGAAAACUGGUAUUUCCGGCCAGUGGAUAUUUUAAAAACCCAAGAAUACUAUCAGAAUGUUUUAGAACAAUCUGAUUCAGUUAAACUUGGUCCUGAAGGAUCAGUAAAAUCUCUAAAACAGGAAUUGGCUAAAACAGACAGUUCCAGCUCAAGCAUAAAAUCUUCAAGAAGACCAUCUGCUAAAACCUCCAAGAAAAAAGCUAAAGGGAAGAAGAAACAGUCAAGCUCAAAUUCAGAGUCGACAGCAUCAGAAACGUCAUCCUCUGAUAAAAAUCUGGUUUCUUCAGGCAACAGCAAUGAAGAUGAUUGUUUCGGGAUCCUACCAACAAUUAAAAUCAAAAGGAAAACCACAAAGGUAAAGAAAAAGAAGGAUAAAACAAAGAAGGAUAAAAAAGAAAAGAAGAAGAAAAAGAAGCAGAACACUUCAUCCUCUUCAUCAUCAGACUCAGAGUAA